AUGUCGUCUGCUAAUAAAUUUAUCACAGAUGCAGUGGUGCUGACUAAUCCUACCAUCGACCCUCUUAUACUGGACAUCGUGAUUCUUAUCGUCGGGUGUUUCCUGACAUUUCUCGUCUGUUUAUUUGGGAUUGGGGCUAACGUCGUGAACAUAAUGGUGUUCCGAAAGCAAGGCUACCAAGAUGGCGUAAACGUCACACUGACUGCCCUGGCCAUCAGUGACCUGGGUGGCCUGAUAUUCGACCUGGUGUACGCGGUAAUGUUAAAUCCAUACAUCCUUGAGACGGACGUGGUGGUAUCCAAAAUAGUUAUCUUGUUCGUAACUGGAUUCACUUUCGAGUACUUCACCCGCGUCAGCAGCGUAAUAACGGCAUUCGCUGCCCUGGAGAGGUGCGUCUGCGUGACCCAGCCUCUCAAAGUUAAGGAUAUAUUCACCAAAAAAGUGUCAGUAGUGGUAAACACGAGCAUCUUUUUGAUCUACUCUCUGUACUUGUUGCUUCAGUUCAUUACUAUGUACUUUGAAUGGACUUUCAUUCCGGGUCGAAAUAUGACAGUCUACGCGGUCUACUUCAAUAGCAGGAGAGCGGUCAUGUUCCCCAUCACGUACUACGUCACAGACAUGAUCCUCCCUUACGGCACCUACCUCAUACUCAUGUGUUGCUGUACCUUGCUUUUUAUUAAACUCAAGUCCAAAGCCAAGUGGAGGCAGCAAGUCUCCACCUCGGUAGACAAAGCUUCUCACAUCACUUCCAAGGAGCGAAAGUCUGCGAGGAUGUUCAUGACCGUCUCCUUCAUGUGUGUGGUGCUUCUCCUGCCCCAGUCCCUCGUGUAUUCUGCCACGAUAUUCGUUAAGGCUCUCGCGUUGAAUGGCUCCCACAGCGAUCUCAGGCACGUUUUCAGUACUUGCACCAAUUUACUGAAGAUCAGCAACUCUAGUUUUACAAUCUUCAUCUACUACACCAUGAGUACAAAGUACAGACUAGAGUUUCAGAAAAUGUUCGCAAAAAAUAAAACAAACUUCAAGCUACAAGAUGGGGAAAACAAUUAA